ACACACACACAGACACACACAGAGCCACUCUGCUCCGAGCUGGAGACUCACCUGAGACACCGACCGCACACAGUCUGCAGGAGGAAGGAGGUGAGGGAGGAUGAGGAGGAGAGGGGAGCAGAGGGACGACAGCGCCACGCUCAUCGACAUGGACAUCAAGUCGGAGAACAACUAUGGCAGCAUCACCACGGAUGCAGCUGCUGAGCCUCGGGACAGGAACGUGUUCAGUGACGGGUCGACUCGAGUCGAUUUUGUGUUGGUGUGGGAGGAGCCUCUGAGCUCCAGAGAGGAGGAGAACACAGGUGUUAACCCCGCCCACAGGAAGUGGAGGGAGAAGUUUCUGAAGAAACUGAAGCUCUCCGGUCUGCUGCUGGAGCAGAAGGAGGUCCGUCAGACGAAGACGAGGAUCUGCUUCGUGCUGCUCAGCGCUCCGUGGAGCGUCCUCUGCUACUACGCCGAGGAGAUCAGCCUCAGAGUCCCUCUGCAGGUGGUCAACGCUCCGAUCAUUAACUGGUCUGAGCGCGUCCUGUCCCAGCUGGCCCUCCGCAGCCCUCUGUCUCAGGACGUCCCCAACCCUCCACCUGACUACUACACCUGUCAGUUCAGGAGCAACAAGCUGCAGAGGUUUCUGGGCAGCGACGACAGAGACACGUUCUUCAAGACGACUCAGAGACACCAGGUGGUGUAUGAGAUCCUGGCCAGGACUCAGUAUGGUUCAGCCAAAAGGGGAGAGGUGGGAAUUGACCGCCUGCUGACGGAACAGGUGUUCACUGCUGCCUACCCACUGCACGAGGGAGGUUUCGAGCUGCCACCAGCGCCGGCGCCACCCGAGUCUUUAGGUCUGAGACAGAUCCUGUAUGCGUACUGGGCCCAGUGGACCUGCUACAGACGCUACCAGCCUUUGGAUCACAUCAGGGAGUACUUCGGAGAGAAGAUAGCCCUUUACUUUGCCUGGCUCGGGUUCUACACCGGCUGGCUGCUGCCGGCGUCGCUCCUCGGGACCGUCAUCUUCCUGGUUGGGUUCUGGCUCGUGGCCACUGACGUUCCAGCGAUGGAGGUGUGUAACAGUGGAAACAAGUUCAUCAUGUGUCCUCUCUGUAACAUCUGCUCCUACUGGAACUACUCCAGCAUCUGUGUCACCUACAAGGCCGGCCUCCUGUUCGAUAAUGGAGGAACAGUGUUUCUGAGCGUCUUCAUGUCUCUGUGGGCCGUCACCUUCCUGGAGUACUGGAAGAGAAGCUGUUCGGCUCUGACUCACCGCUGGGACUGCUCUGAAUUCCAGGACAUCGAGGAACGACCUCGUCCAGAGUUCACAGCCAUGGCGCCGAUGACCAUGAGGAACCCGGUGACUGGAGCAGAGGAGCCGUACUUUCCUGAAAAUAAACGCUUCAGCAGAUCUCUGACCGGCUGCAUGGUCAUCGUCGUCAUGAUCGCUGUGGUGCUGAUGUUCCUCAUCGCCAUCAUUCUGUAUCGCACCAUCCUCAGACUCAUCAUCAACAAGUCUGCUAACAGCUUCGUCAGCGACUCUGCUGGAAGAAUAGCCAGUUUGUCAGGAUCGGUGUUGAACCUGUUGGUCAUCCUCAUGUUGUCGAAGGUUUACACCUCGCUGGCGCACAUCCUCACCCGCUGGGAGAUGCAUCGGACUCAGAGUAAAUAUGAAGACAUGUUCAUCCUCAAAGUCUUCGUCUUCCAGUUCGUUAACUUCUACUCGUCUCCAGUUUACAUCGCUUUCUUCAAAGGCAGGUUCAUUGGUUACCCCGGAAACUACAAAACUCUGUUUGGAGUUCGUAAUGAAGACUGUGGAGCAGGCGGAUGUCUCAUUGAACUGGCUCAGGAGCUGCUGGUCAUCAUGGUGGGAAAACAGCUGAUCAACAACAUCCAGGAGUUCCUCGUCCCGAAGUUCAGGGCGUGGUGGCAGAAGAGGAAGAUAAGUCCUCGGCGUAAGGAGGUGAAGGAGGAGGACGGAGAGGAGGCACAUAAGGGGAGGAAGGUGGAGGAGGAGGUGGUUCCUCCCUGGGAGGCAGACUACCAGCUGCUGGUCUGUGAAGGACUCUUCAGUGAAUACUUAGAGAUGGUCAUCCAGUUCGGCUUCAUCACCAUCUUCGUGGCGGCGUGUCCUCUCGCUCCUCUCUUCGCGCUCAUUAACAACUGGAUUGAGAUUCGUCUGGACGCUCAGAAGUUUGUGAUGGAAUACCGCCGCCCAGUGGUGGAGCGAGCUCAGGACAUCGGCAUCUGGUUUCCCAUCAUGCAGUUCAUCACGCACAUCGCCGUCCUCAGCAACGCUUUCCUCAUCGCUUUCACCUCGUCCUUCCUGCCUCGUCUGUACUACCGCUACACCAGAGACAGCACGCUGAGCGGCUUCAUCAACUUCACUCUGGCAACAUCACCAAGCAACUUCAGCCAGCAAAGCCAAAACACACUCUGCAGGUAUCGAGGUUUCAGAGAUGAAGAAGGUAAACACCUCCCGGAGUUCUUUCACCUCCUCGCCAUACGUCUCGCGUUUGUCAUCGUGUUUGAGCAUGUGGUCUUCUUCAUCGGCCGUCUGAUCGACCUGAUGGUCCCUGACAUCCCCGAGGAAGUGGAGAUGAAGAUGAAGAGGGAACAUUACAUGGCUAAAGAGGCACUGGCUGAGAACCAGUCUUUGGGGAAAACAGAAAUUCCUGGUGAGGACGUCCCACCCUGUGAACUACGUCAGCGUGGAUCCAGACCCUCACCACCAGCGCAAAGCGACUCCCCUCCACCAAACCUGAUGGAGAUCCCAGAGGAACCGGACCGCUGCUGAAAUACAGCACAAGUUAACUCUGUAAGACGUCCUCAGAAUCUACAAGGACUCCUGUCUGCAAGAUCAAGAGCUGUGUUGAAUCCUAACAUGUCUUUCAGGACUUCUACGAGAUCUGCUGGAGAUUUAGAGAAUCUCUGAGACCUGUCAGACUUCUACAAGACCAACAAGACUUCUGACAAAGAGGAUAAGAUUUACAAGAAAUGUGCUUAAUCUGUAUAUUAACAGGAACUGUACCAUGUGCAGAAGCUUUGUCCUCACUGCAGCGGCCCCGGGUUCAUGUCCGACCUGAGGCUCUUUGCUUCGUACCACGCUCCUCUCUCUCUCUGUUUCCUGUCAUCUCUGAAGCUGUCUGAUCAAUAAAGCCAUAAAAAGGCCCCAAAAAAUCUGAACGAACAAGACCAACACAUGUCUCCAAGAUCAACAAGGCUUUCACCAGAUCUGUAUAACAAUCAGAAGCAUUUGUUAGAGCUGUACAACAGCUGCAGGACUUGAGUUGAAUAAUAAGGACUCGGACACACCAGAACCAACAUCAGACCAUUCGUGACCAUCUAUCGCCCUAGAUUUGUUGUUGGCACUAGUCAGCCCUCGUCAGCAGCUUUACAACCGAGUGAGCUUAUUGAUUCAGUGGCGGCACCCAUCGGCAAGAGAAAUCAAACUGAAAUGUUGCUGUGGUAUCCAUGAUUUCACCCGUUUUGUGCUUUUCUUGCUUCCUUUUCUCCCCUACCUCAUCACCUGUGCCACUCGCAUCUCUUUAUCAGACACAUGCUUGAUCAGAAGUGGCUCUAAUAGCAACAGUGGAAGUCAGGAAGAACAGUUUUCAGUGUGUAAUUAUUAUGUCGACCUUUUGUAACAAAUAAAAAAAAUUCAGCUACUCUU